UCUCUCUCUUUCUUCUCCGCUGGGGGCUGCAGUAGUUUUUGAUUUCGAUUUCCUUGUGUUUGCACCUCUGACCUUGUUACCUCUCUCCUCCAUCAGAAUCCGGCCCGGAAACUUCACUUCCGGGUCGACUCAGAACCCCGAAUAUCUCUUGUUCUGAACCCGAUGAGGAUCCGAAAGAGACAGGUACCCCUGCCCCUCUCGUCUCUCUCCCCCGUGCCUCUAUCAGAUCCCCACCUCCUCACCCUCAACCACUGCUUCUCAUCAUCAUCAUCAUCACCGGUGCAACCACAAGAACAACAACAGCAACAACACGAUUCAAAAGCCUCCCAACGACUUGGCCAUGUGGGCCCUCCUCAGCCGUCUGAUCAUCCCAAUCGCCGGCUUCUCCCGCCGAUUGGGGCAGCCAGCAACGACGGCUGUGAUUCUUCCGAAGAGCUGAGGAGGAGAAAUUACUGCGCGACAUUGAAAGGAGAAGACGAGGAUGGAUCAAGAGAUCAGGGAGAGAAGAAGGGUAACAACGAUACCAGGAAGGGAAGCAUAAUGGGGGCAGAAACUGUAUCUGGGUUUCCUUCAGAAUCAUCGUGUUCUUCUCAUCGAGUUAUUGGGGGAUGGUUUGAUGGAGAGAAAGCGUUCCCGUUCAAGAAGCGAAGAGGGAGCUUCGGGGAGGCGACGAGAGUUCAGAAGGAGAAGAAAUUAUCGCAGAACAAGACGGAGAAGAAAACUGAUGUUCAACAAACUGACGAUAAGAAGCAAGAAGUCGGAGUAGCUACGAAAGAAGGUAUCGACCAGAAAGUUGGUAAUGGUACAAGUCCUAAGAAGCGAGCAAGAGGCAAUGCAAUCAUGGAAGGAUCGAGGUGCAGUCGUGUUAAUGGAAGAGGAUGGAGGUGUUGCCAACAGACACUUGUCGGGUACUCGCUUUGCGAGCAUCACUUGGGCAAAGGAAGGCUAAGGAGCUUGAACAGCGUCCGAAGUCGGUCUCUGGUGAGUUCUACUGGAUCCACUGACGCCAAGUCCAGUCAAUUAUUAAAGCCGUCGUAUUUGGAGCUGCCGAAGGAUCAAGAGCGUAAACCUGAUGUGCUGCUAGAUGUCAAUCAUCACGAUGAAGAUCAACGAUACGAAAGUGAACACAGUGAGGAGAAAAAGCCGUUGCUGUUCACGAAGAAGAGAAUGAAACUCGGUGUUGUGAAGGCGCGAUCCAUGAGUAGCUUGCUUGGACAAACGAAUAGUGCAACUGCAGUGGAAGAUGAGAAUAACAAGUAGGCCAAACUAUUCGUUCAACUAUUCGGUGUGUAGUUGAGAGUGUUAAGUGCAAAUAUAUUGAGGUUUGAAGUGUGAAUAACUAGGUAGCUUGGUGCAACUAUGCUUUCAACUACUUGCAAUUUGCGUGUGUGUGAUUCGAUUUCUGAUGAUAUAAACAGAUGCUCGAUAAAGUGUUGGA